AUGGCUGUUGGACAUUUUCGUGCGUACUCUGCGGCUGCGGAGCCGGAGACCAUUGUGAUGGAAUGGCUAAAUAAAGUGUCGUUAUUAGUGGAGUGAAGUGGCGGGUUUAACACGGACGAGAUGGCAUCCGACAGGUAGAUACGAGGGUCGUUAUUUGCAUGAUUCCGUAAAUGAUGGUAAUUUUUUGACAGGAUGGAAUGGGUGGAAAUCAUCGAACCCCGUACCAAGGAGCACAUGUAUGCGAACCUGACCACUGGCGAAUGUGUGUGGGAUCCCCCACCUGGAGUUCCUGUAAAAAAGACAGACAACAAUCAGUGGUGGGAAUUGUUUGAUCAGAACACGUCAAGAUUUUACUACUACAAUGCAACAUCUCAGAAAACGGUUUGGCAUCGUCCUACAGACUGUGACAUCAUACCACUGGCCAAAUUGCAGACAUUAAAGCAAAAUACGGAGCCUGUCGGACCUGGUGGAGAUUCGCAGAGGGGGAAUGAGCCCAAGAAGAAAGAGUCCGUGUCAACACAGACUCCAACUUCUUCAGUUGGUAGAGUUGCACGUUUCCCCUUUCAGGAGAGUCAAAAUCUAGCUGCGACACUACAGGUCGGAAGUGCUUGCAGAUCUCGAGGUCCAGGAGUCGGUAUCGAUGCUCAAACUUCACCUCCUUCACUUUCACCUUCGUCCAGACGUCACCAUCAUCAUCACCAUCAUCACCAUAACAGCCGGCAUCAUCAUAGACAUCACGAACAGCCUGCUGCUCGUAGGCAACAUAAUCACUCCCAGGAUUCCGGACGUUCCAGCGAUAGCUCGGUAUCACAUAGCCGUACGUCUUUGGAAUCCACUGGGUAUCGACUCCUGGAUUCACCUCAUCGACAUCACCAUCGUUCCAUUGGUCAGACCCAGCCGAUACCACCACCAUCAUCUCAUUUGCGUCAACAAUCUGGUACCUUGGAAAAUCGAAGUCACAAAAGUGGCACUCUGGAGAGUGUGAAAAACCAAAAAACGCAACCAAAAACUGACUCGCCACCGCUUGGUUUAUCGCUUUCUACUAGUACUCCUCUUUUCAAAAAAAAAACCUUUGUGGAACCGCAAAGGGAAAUAAGAGGGACGAAUUUGGACUCGGAUAGAAGUAAGAAUGGCAAAGACAACAGAGGUUCGUAUGGCCCUGAGCCAAGUACAUCGCCAUAUAGAGAAUCGUUGAUGGAAUCGCGAGGUUUUAGGCAAGAAAUGCCGCCAUACCGUCCACCCGAAGUGCAAGUCGGUCAAGUGUACAAGCCUCAAGUUGACAAAUAUGGAUCUCUUGUGGAGACGACAGGGAAUCGAUACCACAGAGAGCGGGAUUUACAUCACAGGGAGAGGGUUAACAGUCUAGAUAAAACAAACGCAACAUCGUUUUAUCCUAGUUCUAUUCACCAUCGCAACAGGCAGGAAACAGGCAGUGGUAGUAUCAGCAGAGCUCACCAUGGUGGCACAGUUUCUCUAUCAGAGGCUAAUGUCAGGGAGAAAUAUGGUGGAGUGCCACCCGAGAGAGCAGAAACAAAUAAAAGUUUGAUCAGAGGUGGAGGCGGCAUUAUAGCUAAUGUCUCCAAGCAAAGGAGCUUAGAAGUUAGUGAAAGAGAUCAUAGGAGGACAACUUGCAAUAAUUCUAUUGACCGCACACCGCAGCCAAUAGCGCGCAGCUACAGUUUCGUUCAACAACAAAAGCAGCAACAGAAGCAGCAAAACAGGAGACGAGAUAGAGACGACGAUUCAAUGCAUGAGAGAUAUUUAGUUGGCCAACCGCAUCCUCCACCGCGAGACAGCAGUAACAGCAAUAGCAAUGACACCAGCAGCACAAACAGCAGCAGUAACAGCAUGGGGGGUGAGGAAGUGGUUGGAGUUGAGGAGAGCGCAAAUGGGAGAAAGAAGAAGAGUAAUGGAAACCCUAGCCCCCCCCCUUCACCUUAUUACGGAAAUCUAUUAGUAGAUUCCGACCACUUGCUACCUCUUCAACAUUACAUUCUUCAGCAGGCUAAACUCUCUGGUUGUUAUAGGUUUGGUGAUCCCUUGCUCGUUGAAGAAGGAGAUGAUUCGUUAGAUGAAGAAGGUGGGCGAGGUGGAGGAGCAGGGGGAAGGGUGGAUGACGAUUCUGACGAUCAAUUCGCAGAUGAUGAAGCUGCUAGUAAUCAAGGGGAUUCUUCAAGCCAAGAAUAUCUUGAGGAUCACUAUGCAGACUUAGGCAACUAUGACACGGCAGGUUUAGCUACUUAUUAUAAUACAGCAGAUACUUUGACGAGGCCUCCAGCUACCCCGCCACCUCCAACUAUAGUUUCUCACACUGAGAGCAUAGCUGCGGGCGUCGUGAGACCGAUUUCUCUGCCACCUUCGACUGGAACGAAUUUAGGAACAGCUCCGAGUAUUGGAAAUGAAUCCGGAAUAGGAUCGACAGACUUUGACGACGUGAGGCGAGACGGCGGCGGUGGAGACAUAGAAAAAUACGCGCAAGACAAUUUGAACCUGAACUGUGGAAGACCGAAGGGACUCAGAUUACUUUUCCGUAAGAAAUUCAGCGUGCGCGACAUGCUGAGUUGGUCCAAAGACCCGAUACCUCAGCCAAUGCUUGCUAUAACUGGUAGAGACGGUGAAAAGCUUCUUAAGAGAGAAGCUUGUAAUUUAUUCAGACUCGUCCAAGUUUACAUGGGAGAUAGAAAAGCUAACGUAGGUAUGACUCUCGACGGAGUAGCGAUGGACAUAGUAAAUACAAUCUUUGCUAAACCGCCACUACGAGACGAGCUUUACGUGCAAAUCUGUCGUCAAACUACGGAGAAUCCUCGUAAAGAAAGCCUGCGUAGAGGAUGGGAGCUGAUGGCUGUCUGUCUUGCAUUUGUUCCUGCUAGUGCUACUUUUGAGCCGUACCUUGAAGGCUACAUGAACAGGCAUAGAGAUCCAGAUUUUCAAUUUCUCGAAGUUCCAAAAUGGCCAAUACACGUCCAAGUCAGUCACUACGCUACCGUCGCAUGCCGACGCUUACAGCGUAUUGGAGCCCAUGGAAAACGCCAACCUCGCAAAGCUACUCUUGAGGACAUUGACCAAGCCAGGAUACAAAUCUUCCGAGCUUCGAUGUUUGGCGCGACGCUAGGAGAAGUCAUGGCUUUGCAACGAGAUCGAUACCCUCAAAGGGAGCUUCCCUGGGUGCAAACGACACUAGCACGCCAGGUUUUACUUCGUGGUGGAACUACAACAGAAGGGAUCUUCAGAGUAUCUGCCGACGCAGAUGAGGUUAGCGUCCUUAAAGCGUCUCUUGACCGAUUCGAGGAUAGCGGAGUGGCAAAUUCAGUCCAAGAUGCUCACGCACCAGCCUCUCUAUUGAAGCUUUGGGUAAGGGAACUCUACGAACCACUCAUCCCGGAUGCUCUCUAUACGGAAUGCGUCUCAUUACGCCACGACGACGUCCGAGCCGCUGCCGCGGCAGCUACUGCUUUGAUAGAUCGGCUUCCUGACCUUAACCGUCGUGUUCUUUGUCAUCUGAUAAGAUUUUUACAGAUAUUCGCAAGACCGGAAGUUGUUGUGCGAACAAAAAUGGAUGCAAGCAACUUGGCUAUGGUAAUGGCUCCUAACGUAUUGCGCUGUACGUCCCAGGACCCGAGAGUUAUUUUAGAAAAUGCUAGAAAAGAGAUGGCCUUUGUUCGCACCCUCAUUCAAUCUCUAGACACUGCGUGGGUCGAAGGUCUUCACUGACUAUUAGAUUACUUAGAUUAGAUUUAAAAAAAAAACUGCUAUGCCAAAACGACAACUGUAUAUUCACUAUUAUUAGUCUCAUCGUUAGUGUUAUUAUUAUUAUUAUUAUUAUUACUAUUAUUAUUAUUAUUGUAUUAAUUGAAAAAUAUUAUUACUAUUACGAUUUGUUCUUAUACAAACAAUUAUUAUCAUUAUCAUUAUUAAUAAUAUUAUUUUUUAUUUUCGUUAAAACGUAUACUUUUAUCUAUAAUUCUGUAAUUUAAACGUCUACAAGAGCUGAGCCACUCAUUUCCUAUUUAUUAUUUAUAAACAUAUAUUAGUAUAUUACUAAAAUAUUAUUAGAUUAUAUAUCGCUAUAUGAUAUUUUACCGAUUCUUGUUACCGCGCGAAUUGCGAUGGCUUUUUUACUCGAUCAUCAUUGUUGAAUCCCAUGUAAUAUAAAAAAUAAUGCGUUACCGUGUAUAUCCGUGAUAUCGUCACAGCGAGGUCUUUUUGUAUAACGAAUAUAAGCGUAUAUACAAAUUUAUUAUAUGAAGUAAAAAGGAAAAGAAAAUACUUGCGAAGGAUUA